CCGUCAAAUAAAAUACCCUCAACGCGGUGCAUACCGGGAAUGAAAAGAGUCGACACUGGACAGUGACUUGGCUCCUUUAAACUAAAGCAUUGCAGUAUGGGGUUAACGGUGGGCGAGAGGAUCCAGAAGUGGCUCCUGCGAGCAGUUUCGGGAUUCUUCUUCGCUCUCUUUCGGAUGUUUUCGCGUCCACAACCUGUCAGAGCCACAAAAGUCCCUCCAGUCAGAAACCCACUGCUCACUGUUCCUGCAGUGCAGCUGGCCGAGAAAAUCCGCAGGAGAGAGGUAACGAGUGUAGAGGUGGUGCAGGCUUAUAUUGACAGAAUCCAGGAAGUGAACCCACUACUCAAUGCAGUGGUUAAGGACAGGUUCUCUGCGGCUCUGUCAGAAGCAGCUCAGGUAGACCGGCUGAUAGAUGAGGAGAAGGGAGGAGAGGAGGCACUGGCAGAUCGACUUCCUCUGCUGGGCGUGCCCUUAUCUGUCAAAGAAUCUUUCUUCUUACAGGGCAUGCCCUGCUCUGCAGGGUUGGUCUCUCGAGCUGGAGUGCUGGCCAGUGGAGACGCCCCUGCUGUGGCUCUGCUAAAAAGGGCUGGAGCCAUUCCUAUAGGAGUGACCAACAUCCCCGAGCUCUGCAUGUGGGUGGAGUCCAGCAACUAUCUGUAUGGCAUCACCAACAACCCUUAUGACACACAGAGGAUGUGUGGAGGAAGCUCAGGUGGAGAGGGCAGUAUUCUGGGCAGUGGAGGGUCAGUGAUCGGUAUUGGCUCAGAUAUCGGGGGCAGCAUCCGUAUGCCCUCCUUCUUCAAUGGCAUAUUCGGACACAAGGGAACAACAGGGAUCGUCUCUAAUGAUGGUCAGUACCCUCCUAGCUCUGGGCUCCAUGAGGAAUUUUUGAGUACAGGCCCAAUGUGUCGCUAUGCUGAAGACCUGCUGCCUAUGUUGAGGAUAAUGGCCGGAGCCAAUGCAGACAAGCUUUCACUGUCGUCAGAGGUGGACCUGAAAAAGCUGCGUUUCUUCACAGUAGUAGACGAUGGUGGAUCCCCUCUCACCUCACCUGUGGACAAACAGCUUGUUGAAGCACAAAGAAAGGUGGCUCAGCAACUAGAGGCAGAUCUGGGAGUGAAAGUGAAGGAGAUCAGCUUCCCUCAACUAAAAUACUCCUACCAGAUCUGGGACACGUUCUUGGCUCUGCCCGAUAAAGACGGCAAGCCACCGCAGCCUUUCGUGGAGAUGUUGGCAGAUGGAGGUCCAGCUGUGUGGCCGGUUUGGGAGCUCAUCAAGUGGCUGUUUGGGAAAUCUGACCACACAAUGGCUGCCAUUGGUUUGGCUUUUCUGGACAGCUUUCACAGCACCACACUGCCACAGUUCAUCCUCCAGCAGAAAGAGGCACUGCAGCGCAGCAUGGAAGAGGUGCUAGGGACUGAUGGAGUGCUGCUGUACCCCCCUCACCCAGUCCUGGCCCAAAAACACCACCAUCCAUUAUUCACACCUUUCAAUGCCGCUUACACAGGGAUCUUCAAUAUACUGGGCCUGCCCGUUACCCAGUGUCCUCUAGGGCUGAGCGAGGAGGGGUUGCCGCUGGGCGUUCAGGUGGUGGCCGGGAAGCUGCAGGACCAUCUGACCCUGGCGGUGGCUCUGUACCUGCAGAAAGCCUUUGGUGGCUGGAGAGAUCCAGGAGCUACCUGAGAUACUAGAACAGCAGAGCUUUAUUACUCCACCUUCAAUUACAGUGGUGCUUAUUAGAGGUUUACCACAUCAGUUUGAGUCUGAGAGAUGAGAUUGUUUAUAGAGGUGUACUGUAAAUAAACAUUAUACAGUAAAAUGGA